AUGGGCGAAUUCAAAAUAAUAUCCCGAUCUGCGCUUUACCAAUCUGAGGAUGAGCAAAGCUCCAGCGAAGAGGAACAGAUUUACGCUCCUGAUCUCGAGUUCAUUGAGGUGAAUAUUGACAACCCUGAGUCCACGGAAGACUUGGAUCUAGAUUCCAAUACCCAGAAUCAAUGUGAAGAAGAAUUUGCAUUUCCACUUUUUGCUGGGGCAAGCACUUCGCAAGAUGAGGUGAUGAGAGUAUCUUUGAAAGAAGACGAGGAAGAAGUCAUUAUAAAUGAGCGGCCCGAGACAUACUAUAGAGCGAUAAACUCCGAGGAAAAGUGCCGAGAAUUCGAAACUGCUGCUAUCUCAUUCGCGGAUAUUUGGCUGGAAGCGAAAUCCAUUAUUAUCGAUACACAUCCAUGGAGAGUCAUGAACCUAAAUGAGCACAACAAGAAAUUUGAAGAUGAGCAGAAACGCAAGAGGCAUAGAAGAGAAGGUAAAAGAAAGAGAAACAAUAAAAUAAUAUGCCGGGAGCGUAGAAAAGAAAGAGAACAGAAGAUCAAACGUCUUGAGAGAGAGGAAAAGAAACAACGAUUUAGAGUAAGAGGUCAAGGUUGGAAGGCCGGCAAGGAUAAAUUCAAGCUGAAAAAGCUUUCGAACAGUGUAUCAAAACCAAAGUACCGCACUGAAUAA